UUCCAAAAUGAAACACUACCAACUAUUACUAAUCACCGUUUUAGCCAUCAUCAGCGAAAUUAAAGCAGACUGUGGUUGCCUAAAAUGCAGCAAAGACCUCCAAAUCGUGUCACCCCCGUACCUCCCUUAUAAAGUAAUAGUAAAGGGUAGUCCGUGCUCGGACCAACAACCCUUCCCCUAUCAACAGAUUCAACAAAUCCAACAAAUCGCGCCUUCGUACAUCCCCAUCCCCGCCCAGUCGCAAUACCAGCUCGGAUCUUAUAGCUCCGCCUGCCAGCCCAUCUUCGCCUACAAGUACAAAGUACAAGCACCACUCGUUCUCCCCCCUCCACCUCCACCACCACUCACCGGCCUGGUGGCCCGCCCUGACCGCGUCGUCAUCCAGAGACCGAACUGCCCUGUCUACACUGGUGAGGACGGUGACUGCGGCAACUUGUUGCGACCACCCUGUAGAUCCAUUUUCGAGGACGGCUACUACGGAGGGUCUGCGCCCCUGCAGCAAGUGCAAAUUCUGGGUACCGCUAAUCGUGGACCACUUUUACAACCCGUGACCGAUGACGUCUUCCAGAAGAUUUCUUGUGACUGCAGGAGUUAAACAGUGCCCGGGGGGUCAUAAAUACAAUGGAAAAAAUAGUGACUAGGCUCCCAGUUCUUUUGUUGUAAAAUUGUUGUUUAAGUC